AUGAAUCUCGUCGCAGCUAUAGUAGUUCCUCGCGUCGUAAUCGAUUAUAUCGCAGUCGCUCUCGAGACGACCAUCGAUAUAGACAUCGUAGACGACGUAGUAGGAGUCCAGAUAGAUUUUAUGACGAAGGGAAGGGAAGGAGGAGUAGUUACAAUAGUUAUGGGCAUGGGCGGACUAGGAAGUAUUCGGACAGUGAGGGGGAGGAGAGAAGUGAUAAGAUCGGAAAGCGACAGUAGAGACAGAAAUGGUGGGCAUGAAACGGAGCGAGAAAGAGAUGAAUCACGUUAUGGAAGAGGACUGGAUGGACGUUAUGAUCCAUACGUUGCAGCGAGCCAGUAUAUUGACACAGAAUUCUGCACACGCAAAAUAUAUGUUGGAGACCUCAGACAGGUUUCGCACUCGACACUUCACAAUGCUUUCUCUCAAUUUGGGGAGAUUACGUCUUUGACUUUGUUUGAAGACAAAGGUUAUGCAUUCAUUGAUUAUGCAACAGCAGAACAAGCAGCGGAGGCAAGGCGCAAAAUGAAUGGAGCUCAUUUGGGUGGGGGAUCUAUUUUGGUAAAUCGAGCGAAGCGGCCAGAAAGGAACAUUACUGGAUUUGGGAAUGUCCCUUGGAGCGAUGCUGAUGGUAAUGCAGCCAAACAGAAUGACAUCACGUCACCUCGUAAUAUUGAAGCCAAAACAGCGCCAACAGAUCCUAGUCUUCAACUUCCGAAGCGACGAAUAAUAGCAUACGAUGAUCUCUAA